CCGGCCCGCAGCAGCCGCAACAGCCACAAGCGCAGGCGGCGGGGCACGCGGCCACUUUUGCCCACGGCCCCACCCCGCCGCACCCGAGGCCGCACAGCGUCACAGAGCGCAUGCGUGCCGCGGGGGAUGCCGGGAGCGCGCAGUGGCGGCACCGGCGGCGACAGCAGUCACAGCGGAGACUACAGCGGGGACGCGAGCGGGGCGGUGACCGUGUGGGAGGUGGUCUCACUCUUGGGGAAGCUGCUGGGUACCGUCGCCGCGCUGAAGGUGGUUCUGUACCUGCUCCGGGUGUGCUUAGCGAUGGCCUGGAAAUCCGGCGGCGCCAGCCACUCGGAGCUAAUCCACAAUCUCCGCAAAAAUGGAAUCAUCAAAACAGAUAAAGUAUUUGAAGUAAUGCUGGCCACAGACCGUUCCCACUAUGCAAAAUGUAAUCCUUAUAUGGAUUCUCCACAAUCAAUAGGUUUCCAAGCAACAAUCAGUGCUCCACACAUGCAUGCAUAUGCGCUAGAACUUCUAUUUGAUCAAUUGCAUGAAGGAGCUAAAGCUCUCGAUGUAGGAUCUGGAAGUGGAAUCCUUACUGCAUGUUUUGCACGUAUGGUUGGCUCUAGUGGAAAAGUCAUAGGAAUUGACCACAUUAAAGAACUAGUAGAUGACUCAAUAAAUAAUGUCAGAAAGGACGAUCCAAUGCUUUUGUCUUCAGGGAGAGUGCAACUUGUUGUGGGGGAUGGAAGAAUGGGGUACGCCGAAGAAGCCCCUUAUGAUGCUAUUCAUGUAGGAGCUGCAGCGCCAGUUGUGCCGCAGGCACUGAUAGACCAGUUAAAGCCUGGUGGGAGAUUGAUAUUGCCAGUUGGUCCCGCAGGUGGAAACCAGAUGUUGGAGCAGUACGACAAGCUACAGGACGGCAGUGUCAAAAUGAAACCCCUGAUGGGAGUGAUAUACGUGCCUUUAACAGAUAAAGAGAAGCAGUGGUCCAGGAUUUCCAGUGCUAUGUUGAAUAAAAGUGGCGAGAGUGGGCAUCCUUGUCUUGUUCCUGAUCUUAGAGGAAAAGCUUUCAGCUUUUCACCACUGAGUAUGAUGUUAGCUGUGGGCUUAUCAUAUAUGGCCUUUAUUAUGUUGAGGGAUGAACUGUAAAAGCGCCAUCAGCUUGACCAGUAUAUAAUAUUACAGUGGAUUGCUCAUCUCAGUCCUCAGAGCUUUUUGAAAACCAACAGCAUCACAGCUUGUUUUGGACUUCGUUACACUAUUAUUUUCAGCAUGAAAAUGUGUGGUUUUGUAGGGUUUCUAGUUCUUCAAAGAGGCACAGAAGCCGAGUUGGUGAAAGAACGAUGCAGAGUAUAAAUUUGUGUAUUAUUACUUUAACACGCCCACAUUUUACUUUUAAAAUAUUAAAAGACGGGGUUCCACUAAAUGGAAGACCUAGUUUGUGAAUUAAUUUCGAGGAGUGGUUUUUCUUAGACACUUAAUUCUGUUUCAAUAUUAAUUUAUCAAAAUGCUCUUGUGCAUAUCAGAUAACACCACCGUUCACAAGUUAAGAUUCCUGGUUUUUGGAUGUCUGUUAGCUGCCACUAAGAAAAUAGAGAUGAGCUUCCUUUUUAAAGCUUUUGAUGUGGUGUCAUAGAGUAGCAUGUUGUAGAUACAAUCAGCUGCUUUGUUACCUUAAAACUAAGCAUUUGUAAAUAUUAAAACUUGAGAAGAUGGCAGGUGAUGUCCUUUAACACACUUAGCUGUUCAGAUUGGACGUAACUAACAUAGUUCUUCCUUUCCCUCUUUACAAUUUUAGGAGACUUGUAGCUCAGUAUCGUUUUUUCUGUUUCUAAUUUGCUGCUGAUAAUGUAUAUGAAUUUACCAUGCUGUAUAAGCUGGGGCCCGGUCACUGAACAGUUUAUGCAGUGCUGCUUUGCCAAAUAAAGUUAAAAGUAAAAGA